CCUUUGCCAAGUUCUCCUUCUGGUUCUUUCGUUUUAUUAGACAAGAAAUGCACAAGUUCCUGCUUGCAUAUUCUACUCGAAAAUAUUCAGUCCCCUCCUAUUGAUUUCGCUGUCGGCGCGCACCGCUGAAGUUUCCCAGCUGGGAACGACCCCCGGAUUUCCUAUCUCCCUUUUUCCCUUGUAAUGGUUUGAGGUGGCAUGUCCUUGUUCCAUGGUAAAGAGCAAGUCAGGGCAGGGGAAGGGAAAGUAGCUCGCCAGGAGAGGCUUUGACAGGAAUGAUGCAGCUGCCAGCUGCUGCAAGACGAUGUGAUGUCUGCUCGUGAGAUCGAUCGAGCAUCUGGUCUCACACGCUGAAGAAGAAGCUUCAUGGAGAUCAUGGAUGGAGAUCGGAGGAGGAAGCUAGGCGCGAUCACCCGGCCGGCGCUCGGUCAGGACAGCCCGGCGCGGCGUCUGAUCGCCUGGCUGCAACUUUUUUUCAAGGAUUUUGUUCAGAGGUACGGCUGGCUGGCGAGGUGGGACGCCGCCGGGCGCCCCGCGUUCCUCCUCCUCUUCGCCUUCUUGGUCCAGAGGCACAUGCACCGGUCCUAUCUGUCACAGCAGAAGUCGCGGCUGCAGAGGCAGGUCACCGCCGCCGUCACCGUGCAGGCGGCAUGCCGGGCGAUGGCGGCUCGCCGCGAGUUCUCCCUCCGGAGGCAGACCAGGGCAGCCGUAUGCAUCCAGGCGCAAUGGCGCGCACACAAGGAGCUGUGGAGCUACCUGACGAUGAAGAGAGCCUCGGUGAUCUGCCAGUGUGCUUGGAGGCAAAGCAUUGCGAGGAGGCAUCUUGGCAAGCUCAGACUGGACAAUGUUGAGAGGCAGAGGCUUGAUGAGAUCUCCAGACUCCACGAGAUGGUGGAUGUGCUGCAGCAGGCGGUCGAGGACGCGGAGGUGAGGGUGAUCGCCGAGCGGGAGGCGGCAAUCAAGGCGAUAGCGGAAGCGCCGCCGGUGAUCAAGGAGACAGUCGUGUGGAUAGAAGACACUGAGAAAGUUAACUCGUGGAAUGCUGAAGUUGGGCGCCUGAAGGCUUUGCUGGGAGCAGAAAUGCAGGCGACCUUUGACGCCAAGAAGGCGCUGUCAAAGGCUGAACUGAGGAAUGAAAAACUGGCUAGGUUGCUUGGAGUUCAGGAGAUUAAGAACAAAACGCUGCAAGAUUCCCUCAAAAGGAUGGAGGAGAGAGCUUCCGAUCUCGAUGCAGAAAACAGAAUGCUCCGACAGGCUGUUGCGUCGGCCCCUGCUAUCAAUUCACCAGCUAGUGAAAACCAUAAAGCACAUGAACCUCAGGCAACUCCAGAGAAUGGGAAAACAACAAACGGUGCCAUGAAGCCCAUGAUAGUGGACAGGGACUGUGACAUUCCUGAUAACAAUGCUGAACUGCCUACCUCAAAUGAUUCUGAAGCUGAGAAGCAGCAGCAGGAGCUUCUAAUCAAGUGUAUAUCUGAAGAUCUGGGAUUCUCGACCGGAAGGCCUAUCGCUGCGUACCUCAUCUACCGUUGUCUGGUCCACUGGAAAUCGUUUGAAGAAGACAGAACCACAGUUUUUGACCGCAUCAUUCAGAAGUUCAGUGCUGCAAUUGAGGCACGGGACAGCAAUGAAACAUUAGCAUAUUGGCUAUCCAAUUCAUGCACAUUGCUGAUGCUUCUCCAAAGGACACUGAAAAACAAUGGUUCGGCUGCUUUGGCGCGUCAGAGGCGAAGAACAUCGUCCCUCAACUCACCCAAGGAAAACCAAGCUCCUGGUCAUCCUGAGCGUUCAGUUUCGGAUGGACGGCUGGUCGGUGCACUAACUGACAUUUCCCAGGUUGAAGCCAAGUAUCCGGCUCUUGCUUUCAAACAGCAGCUCACGGCAUUGUUGGAGAAGGUCUAUGGAGUGAUCAGGCAGAACCUGAAGAAGGAACUGUCCCCUCUGCUUGGCCUGUGUAUUCAGGCACCAAGAACAUUCGUCGUAAGCCCUAGGGGAUCAGGCUCUCAAGGAUCAGACAUGGCACAGCAAGCCUCCAUGGCACACUGGCAGAGCAUCAUCAAGAUACUGACGAAUUCUCUCAACUUUUUGAAAUCAAAUUACGUGCCUCCGUUCCUGAUCUGCAAGUUGUACACCCAAGUGUUUUCAUUCAUCAAUGUGCAACUAUUUAACAGUCUCCUGCUACGGCGUGAAUGCUGCUCGUUCAGUAAUGGGGAGUAUGUUAAAGCCGGACUCGAUGAGCUAGAGCAUUGGUGCCAUUGGCUAACGGAAGAGUAUGCAGGUUCUUCCUGGGACGAGCUGAAGCAUAUUCGGCAGGCGGUCACGCUUUUGAUACUCGAAGAGAAGCACAGCAAGUCUCUCAAGGAGAUCACUGAAGACUUCUGCGCAGCACUUAGCAUGCAGCAACUAUACCGGAUCAGCACGAUGUACUGCGACGACAAGUACGGAACCAUGGGCAUCCCGUCAGAGGUCGUUUCGAGCAUGCGAGCCAAGAUGAUCGGUGGAUCAAGCAGCCCAUCGGUGCAAGAUGACAUCAACUCUUUCCUGCUAGACGAUGACUUCAGCAUACCUUUCUCCGUGGACGACAUCUCGAGGCUGAUGGUGCACGUUGACACGGCGGAUAUGGAUCUGCCGCCACUGAUCCAGGAGAAAAAUGGCUCCCCGUUUGAGCUCUGAAGUGAAAGAAGAAAACACGGCCGAUGAUCAACACGCCCUUUUGGUGUUGUAGUGAUGUUGUAUAUAGCGCCACAGUUUUGAGUUUUGGGUACAUAAAAUACAUCCAUACAUGGUUGUUUUUUUUUAGUUUCCUUUUGGCUGAUUUUUGAGCGUGGAGUGAUUCAAUGGUUUUGCGUGUGCAAAGUUGUAAACAAGAAGUGAGCUGUGUGUAACUAUGUAUAGUCAUGAAAGAAAGAGAAAGGAAGGAGAUUUUGGGUUU